UCCAAUUCAAACAUUUUCAUGCUGUUUCCUUAACCUUAACCAAAACUAAACAGACUUCUAUGGUGAAGACCGCUACUAACUCCAUAACUGAACCUUCAUCAUCAAGUAAUCAUCAUGAACCAAAGUAUAAGGGUGUUCGUAAGCGAAAAUGGGGGAAAUGGGUGUCCGAGAUUCGGCUUCCGAACAGCAGAGAACGUAUUUGGUUAGGUUCGUACGAGUCGCCAGAGAAGGCGGCGCGUGCAUUUGACGCAGCUUUGUUCUGUUUACGAGGUCCCAGUGCUAAACUCAACUUCCCCAAUAACCCACCGGAGAUUAACAUAACUGGACCCGGAGGACGAGCGCUUCAACCACAAGAGAUUCAAGUGAUUGCUGCAAGAUACGCCAACGAAGAGCAAGAGCCGCAGAGAAAUUCAUUGGAUUAUAAUAAUGUGUCAUCAUCGGCUGCGACUUCGCAUUACACGUCGUCAUCAUCAUAUGGGGUGGCGAUGCCGGUGGACGUGGACAGUAGUAAUCAUACUACAAUGGAUUGGUCGUUUUUGAGUAUGUUAGAUAGCAAUGAGCGAGCAGUUGCAUCUGAUUUUGGUCUUUAUUCUGGGCUUGACAUAAGCAUGAAUAUGAACAUGAAUGGAGAUGAACAAUAUCCUCCACCUCCGGAAACACCAACAGCGAUGAUCAAUGAGAACGAGGAAGAUCAUGAGAACGUGUAUUCUCAGUCUUCAUUUCUGUGGAACUUCUAA